CCAGUCCUGUAACAUCUCCGCUCUCUCAUACCAAGGUGAGGCUCCGCCUCCACCACCACUACUGCUAAGCCCUUUCAUUUUUCCCUUUCCUGUACAAAUUUUCCCAAAAACACUAAAACUAGUCUUUUUUAUCAUCUUUUUUUUUUCUUUUUAAAUUUCUAUCUUAGUUCAUCGCGUUGUAAUUAUAGUUUUUUUUGAGAUGGAUUCGACGAGGAAAAACUUGGAUCGGAUAAAAGGUCCAUGGAGCCCAGAAGAGGACGAGGCGUUACGGAGGCUGGUCCAGAACUACGGCCCAAGAAACUGGUCUCUGAUCAGCAAAUCGAUUCCCGGCCGAUCCGGCAAGUCUUGCCGUCUGCGGUGGUGCAACCAGCUAUCGCCGGAGGUCGAGCACCGGCCUUUCAGCCCCGAAGAGGACGACACCAUCAUCAGAGCCCACGCCACGUAUGGCAACAAGUGGGCUACCAUCGCUCGCCUCCUCAACGGCCGGACCGACAACGCCAUUAAGAACCACUGGAACUCCACGCUCAAGCGGAAAUGCUCCUCCCUCUCGGAGGACUUCAACGGCGAGCCUAACGACUGCCCUCCUCUCAAGAGAUCCGCCAGCCUCGGCGCCGGUAACCCCGGUAGCCCUUCCGGAUCCGACCUUAGCGAUUCGAGCUUGCCUGGCGGCGUUUCUCUUUCGCAAGUUUUCAGAUCGGUUCCGAGAACAGGACCGGUUUCUCCGACGAUUCCACAGCAGGUUGACACAUCGUCCUCCGCCGCCGCUGAUCCGCCGACCUCGCUCAGUCUCUCGCUUCCGUCUCCCGAUUCCUCGGAAGUAUCGAAUCGCAAUCGGAAUACUGCGGUUCCACAGGCUGUAGCAGUGCCGCCGAUACCUGAGGCGUUGAUGUUGCGAGGAGAAGGAAGUUUUGCGGUGGAGGGGAAUCAGAGCGGUCAGUUUGGGUAUGAGAAGCCGUUCUUCAGUGCAGAGUUUCUGGCUGUGAUGCAAGAGAUGAUCAGAAAGGAAGUGAGAAACUACAUGUCUGGGAUUGAGCAGAAUGGUCUGUAUUUGCACACUGAAGCUGUUAGGAACGCCGUGAUUAAGCGCAUCGGAGUUAGCAAGAUCGAGUAGCUGAAACUGAAACCAAAAAAAAAAAAAGGAAAAGAAAAAAGAUGAAUUUGAUCGCCAUGAUCAAAUUGCAGAGCAAUGAGCUAGGCCAAUGCAGGAGCUGAUCUUUGUUAUUAAAAUUUCCGUUUCUUUCGGUUUUUUUUUUUUCCAAAUAUAAAUAGCAAUGGAAAUAAUUUUGGUAGUGUACAGAGGGAAAAUUGGGGGAGGAGGAAAUGUGAAAAAAAAGGGUGAGGGUUAUUGGGCGGUGGAUGGAAAUCUGAGAAACAAUUUCCUUUUUCAAAUAUUUAGAACAAAAUCGAAAAAAAAAAAUAAUAGAAAUUUUACCAUCGAAAGUCCAAACGGUGUGUUAUUAAUUGGACACAGUUUUCCUUUAAUCAAA